AUGGAGGUCCGAUCAAACCCCACCGCCGAAAAUUCUUCUGACCAAUCGCCGCCCAGUCGCCACCGUCGAUCAUCCGCCGCGUCGUCCAAGAAGCCUCUCGCUUCUCCUCUUCCCGUUGACACAUCAUCCGUUUCUCAGAGAUUACAGAAGGAGUUAAUGGCUCUCAUGAUGAGUGGAGGAGAUCUCGGAGUAUCUGCUUUUCCUGUUGCGGAGAGUAUUUUUACUUGGGUUGGCACUAUUGAAGGUGGAAAAGGAACUCUGUAUGAAGGUUUAUCUUAUAAACUCUCCUUGCGUUUUCCCAUGGACUAUCCUUUUAAACCACCCCAAGUAAAGUUUGACACAAUGUGCUUUCAUCCAAAUGUUGACCAGUUUGGCAACAUAUGUCUGGACAUCCUUCAGGACAAGUGGUCUUCAGCAUAUGACUGUAGAACUAUUCUUCUGUCUAUUCAAAGUCUAUUGGAAGAGCCUAACCUUGAGAGUCCUCUAAAUAGUUACGCUGCAGAGCUUUGGAAUGAUAAGGAAGAUUUUAAGAGAAUGGUCCACAAACAGUAUUUAGCUGGAGAAGCACCUGAAAGUUGA